AUGCUGGGGCCGAUCCACGAUAAUGGCCGAGUAUGGGCUGUACGGGGCCAUGGUGCGCCACUCCCUGCCUCUCCCGGAGACCAUACUCAACAGCGCCAAGGAGAACGACUCCGUCGCGCCCUGGCUACUCGAGCCUGCGCGGGGAGGGCAGGCGGCGGUGGAGGGGGCGACGAGGACGGGUGGGCGGGUGUAUGGGACGCGCGGAAGGGGGACUAUAGCCUCACCGGGGGGCGGCAAGAUGGCGGCCGCAUUGUCUAA